AUGGCUCUCACCAGGCCCAAGGACGGCACUGAUGGGCUGAUCCGUGGCCUGAAGACAGCUGGGGCUGGUGUUGCUGGAGGUCUCGUGGCUGCCGUGGCGGCGCCAGUGCAGGGUGCCAGGUCUGGCGGUGCUUCUGGCUUCUUCAAGGGACUAGGUGCUGGCGUCCUGGGUGGCGCCGCCAUGGUGGUGGGCGGCGUUGGCUGCGGUGUGGCUCAGGUUGGAAGAGGCCUCAUGCAAAUGCCAAAAGCGCACAGGGCACGUCGUGAAGAAAAGGUUUGGGAUCAAGAACUCGGCUGCUGGGUAGAUGUGGACUUGUGUGCCUUGGAGCACCAGUUGGGCCAGGAAGCCGGACAAAGGGGAGCCCAGCCCAACUGA